CAAACAUUUUUGUACACACAGAGAGAGUCAAGUCUCCGCAACUCCACUCCCACUCUCCGCCACCAAACCAAGUCUCCGCCUCCCGGCGCCACUUUCCGUCAUCGAAUCCUACGAUACGUGUCCCCCCCUUCUCUCUCCUCUUACUUUCUCUCUCUCUUCCCUAUUUAAACAAACAAAUCCCCUCCCCACUUCUCACCACCACCCUCGUCAUCAACUCAUCAUCAUCCAAUCCAUCUCUCUCCACCGAUUCUCGGCACGUGGCUUCCACUCGCUCAACACCGCCGCCCUGCUCCCACCUCCGGCCUCCUCCUACUCCAGCUCGCCGUUGAUUACAGACUAUCGCCGGAUUGAACAGAGCUUUAGGCGUUGAAAGCAAAGCUCAGUAUUUCCUAGGGUUUCUGGUUGCCUGAAGUUGAGAAUCCGCGAUUGUGAUGAUUUUAGGGAUUCGUGGAUUGAAUUCGCGAUGGAUAUAGACGCAGUAGCCGGAGAUAUCACUUCCUUGGAUCCUGAGCUUUUACAGCUGCCGGAGUUGUCUCCGUUUGCUGUCAAAGCCAGUCCUCAAAUCGCCGACGAUUUGUUCUCUCAGUGGCUUUCACUCCCUCAGACUGGUCGUCUGGUUAAGUCUCUGAUUGAUGAGGCGUCGUCGGGCGUUUCUAUAGGUGCCCAUGGGAACUCGCUUAGUGCGAAUGCCGCGGGGAUCAACUCGCUGCCGUCCAUGUUUCAGGGUGGUAGUACACCUCCACUUUCGCCGCGAAGCUCCUCUGGUUCGCCGCGGUUUUCAAAGCUGAAAACAAGCCCCUCUUCGCUGGGGUCUCCGCUGAAGUUGGUUAGUGAACCAGUGAGAGAAGCCAUUCCCCAGUUCUAUUUUCAAAAUGGUCGCCCGCCACCUAACAGACUUAAGGAACAAUGUCUUACCCGAACUGAUGACCUUUUUAGCAAUCAUAUGGAUGGCUUGCAAGUGCAGGAAUUUAAGGCGGUUACGAAGGAAGUAUGCAAGCUACCAACAUUUUUAUCUUCUGCUAUCUUUAGAAAGAUAGAUACUGGGUGCAGUGGGAUUGUGACCAGGGAUGCAUUUGUCAAGUAUUGGAUUGAUGGCAAUAUGAUGACAAUGGAUACAGCAACUCAAGUAUAUAAAAUUUUAAACCAGCCUGAUUGCAAUUACCUUACUCAGGUAGACUUCAAACCUGUGCUUCUAGAGCUUGUGGCUACCCAUCCAGGAUUGGAGUUUUUACAUGGAACUCCAGAAUUUCAAGAAAGAUACGCUGAAACAGUCAUUUACAGAAUAUUUUACUACAUCAGUAGAUCAGGAACUGGCCGUCUUACCCUCAGGGAGUUGAAACGAGGAAAUCUAAUUGCUGCUAUGCAACAUGCAGAUGAAGAAGAGGAUAUUAAUAAAGUUCUGAGGUACUUCUCUUAUGAACAUUUUUAUGUGAUAUAUUGCAAGUUUUGGGAGCUGGAUACAGACCAUGACUUCUACAUUGACAAAGAGAACCUCAUAAGAUAUGGUAACCAUGCCCUUACCUACAGGAUCGUUGAUAGAAUAUUUUCACAGGUUCCAAGGAAAUUUACUAGUAAGGUCGAAGGGAAGAUGGGUUACGAAGAUUUUGUGUACUUCAUGCUUUCAGAGGAGGAUAAGUCAUGUGAACCUAGCCUUGAGUAUUGGUUCAAAUGUAUAGAUUUGGAUGGAAAUGGAGUCCUUACACGGAAUGAGUUGCAAUUUUUUUAUGAGGAGCAAUUGCAUCGUAUGGAAUGCAUGGCCCAAGAACCUGUUUUAUUUGAGGAUAUUUUAUGCCAGAUAGUAGACAUGAUUGGACCUGAGAGGGAAGAUUGUUUCACACUAAGGGACUUGAAAGGUUGCAAACUUUCUGGAAAUUUCUUCAACAUCCUUUUCAACCUGAAUAAGUUUAUAGCGUUUGAAAGUCGUGAUCCAUUUCUUAUUCGUCAGGAACGUGAAGAUCCAAGUUUGACAGAGUGGGAUCGCUUUGCACACAGAGAGUAUAUUAGGCUUUCAAUGGAAGAAGAUGGUGAGAAUGCCUCCAAUGGAAGUGUAGAAGUUUGGGAUGAAUCAUUGGAGGCUCCAUUUUAAGUAAAGCUGCCUAGGAAAUUGCUUGAGAUGUUGUUGAGUCUUGUCUAUUCAAUGAAGAUACAUGUGCUAAGUAAAGGAGCUCCAUGGAACUCAUCGGUCAUCAGUGACUACUGACUAGUCUUUUUUUGAUAUCUAAUCUGAAGCUUGGUCACACAGCCUUCAUCAAUGCUAAAUUUCAAGCUUUGUCAUCUACCUUGGCACUCAAAGUUACUAUAGGGAUUGCAGGUGCGCGUUUGAUCAAAAUAUCAGGUCCACCCUGAAAAUCUACUGCGAACCUCUCCUUUGCAAUGGAAGUACAUUGCUCCAGUCUACCAACUGGCUCCCUGGUUGGGAGUUACGUGAGCUGCUUCCUUCCUUUUUACGGCCCCUCCCCUUGGUCAAGGUGACCCCUGGCAAGUUAUGUCUUUUAAGUUGUGAACUUUAAAUGGCUUGUAACUUUAUAUCUGUGUUCAUAUUAAGUCGAUAACAUGUGCAAACACUAUUUCCAUAGUGAGGUGACCGAACAGAGUACAUCCUGCAACACUUGAGAAACUUCAAAAUAAAAACUUUAAACUACAACAUCUUUUAUUUUCAAAAAUAGAAGCAUAGGUAGUAGAAUUCAAGAAUAGUAGUCAGACUGAUUUCACCCACAUUAGGACUUGUAAACUGUUAUGUGUUACCUUUGUGUUUGGAAAAAAGCUGAAUUUGGCUCAUUUUGUGGGGAUGUAUUUUCAGAGAAGAAGAGUAAUACUGGAUACUGGUAGUUAAUUCCAGUAUAUUCAAAACUUAUACAGUACAGAUUUAUGUUUUUCUUU